AUGAAAUAAACAAAUCAUAGUAUUCAUUCACACGUGAAAAGUGCACGGAGAAGCUAGCUAUUGACAACCAAAAGCUGGAAAAAAUGGCCACAACUAAGUUGCAGAAAACCUUCCACGUCCUGAAUAUUUUGCUUCUGGCAAGUGCGAUAGCAGAGAUUGUCAUGGCAGCCGUGAUUUACAAAAAAGUGUAUGCAGUUGACUUGCUCUCCUCCCUCAGUGGUGCAUCAGGCCAAAUUUUUCUAAUGUCGUCAGGUGUUGUGGUAAUUUUGUGUGCAAUUGUCAGCAGUUUUGCCACACAAAAGAACAUCAGUUGGAUUCUUCACUUGUGUGGGUUGAUCACGUUUGCCAAUUUUGCUGUGCAAAUCGCAGGAUUUAGCACAAUCUUCAUCUCUUGGAUUACUUCUGAGGUGCAGCAUUGGAUGGAGUACACAAUUGCCAACUACUAUAAAGAGACGUUCGCAAAAAAUGCCUGGGAUCAAAUGCAGACCGCAUUGUCAUGUUGUGGAGAGUUUCGUCCUGAUGAUUGGUUGUUCAACGUAAAUGGUCCUAUUCCAAUUUCAUGUAACUGUGAAAACGGAAUUGACGAUAACUGCAAAUCUGGACCGUAUUUUGAAGUUGGAUGCCUUUCGACUAUGUUAUAUCAUGUAUAUGACUUGUCCCCAACUGUGGCCGCUUUAGCAGCUGCGAUGGCUGUCCUUCAGUUCAUUGUUGGGAUUAUUACUUUCAUUCUGGCUUGCAGGGCAUCAAAGAAGAGUGGUGCUAAUGUGUAGCGUAGACAAGAAAUUUUGCAAUUAAAAUUUGAUUUUUUUUUUCAACAAAUCGUUUUCAUUAAUAUUCACAAUUACAUAGACAGGGAAAUUAUUUGUGUAUGAAAAAAUGCAUGACUCACUAAAAGGAAAAGCUGCAGUUAACACUCAUCAUAUGAGCUCCUUAUCUUUCCUCCAAAUUAUAUUGCACAGUUGCAUUGCAGUGACGCCAUGUGUAUACCAAGAUAAGCGAACUAGGCUUGUCUUGAUAUUAAAUAUAUAAUUCAGCACAGCUAGAAAAAUCUCAUUUCAGUGUAGAGCAGCAGCUGGAUAAGUGCAUUUCGGAAAAGGAGAAUGGCCUCGAAUCAUUUAAAAAACACGUUCCACGCGUUGAAUAUUUUGCUACUGGCAAGUGCGAUAAUAGAGAUCGUUAUCGCAGCUGUGAUUUAUGGAAAGGUUUACCGAGUUGAUCUGCUCUCCUCACUCAAAAGUGCAUCGGCUGAAAUUGUACUGAUGACGUCUGGCGUUUUGGUAAUUGUUUGUGCAGUUUUCAGCAUUUAUUCAGCAAAUAAGGACAUAGGUUGGAUUCUGUAUUUGUGCGGCGUAAUCACAUUUGCAAAUUUCGUCUUGCAAAUAGCAGGAUUCAGCAUGUCGUUCCAUUUCAUGCUUGUGUCAGAAGUGAAGAGCUGGAUGGACCACACCUUUGCUAAUAUUGAUGAAAUGACGUUCGCCAGAAAUUCUUGGGAUCGAAUGCAAAACACGCUCUCCUGUUGCGGAAUUUCUGGUUCCAGUGAUUGGUUAAAAAACAGGAAUGGAAUGCCUGGCACAAUUCCAAGUUCGUGUUCGUGUAAGAUGGGGCUUGACGAAAACUGCAAAUCUGGACCGAAUUAUGAAGUAGGAUGUCUUUCCACUAUUCAGUGGCUAACAUUUGACUUGGCGGCGGGAGUGGCAGGUCUUGCGGCAGCGAUGGCUUUCAUACAGUUUAUUGUUGGAGUUCUAACAUUCAUUCUGGCACGGAGGGCAUCCAAACAGAGUAUGCGAAUCUAAAAUGUAUAUUCUGUAAUCUCAAUACUACAAGAAUCUCUUCUCUAGACCCAAAAAUUUGUUUACAAUUAUAGUUUUUAUUUUAUCAAACUUGAUUUUAAAUUUCCUUACCUGAAUUGUUAAUCUCGAAUAUUUUACAAUUAUGCAAAAUGAAAAUAUACUGUCAUAAAAUAUAAUUGUGAAAUAAAUCCAUCUUUCAAUUUUUCAAUU